CCAAAGGGCUUUUGGAGAUGGUGGGGAGAGUCCAUUUCCAGGCACACUGACUCCAUCUGUUGGCAGGGCAGCCGCAUGAAGGAUGCUCUCUUUUUUCCAGUCUCAACCCCACUGGGCCAGGGCCGAGUCAACCAGCUUGGGGGCGUCUUCAUCAAUGGGCGCCCUCUGCCCAACCACAUCCGCCACAAGAUCGUGGAGAUGGCGCACCACGGCAUCCGUCCCUGCGUCAUCUCUCGCCAGCUGCGGGUGUCCCACGGCUGCGUUUCCAAGAUCCUCUGCCGGUACCAGGAGACGGGAUCCAUCCGCCCAGGAGCCAUUGGUGGCAGCAAACCCAGGCAGGUUGCCACUCCAGACGUGGAGAAGAAGAUUGAGGAGUACAAGCGGGAGAACCCUGGCAUGUUUAGCUGGGAGAUCCGAGACCGGCUACUCAAAGACGGCCACUGUGAUCGGACCACUGUCCCUUCAGGUUUAGUGAGUUCGAUUAGCCGGGUGCUCCGGAUCAAGUUCGGGAAGAAGGAGGAAGAGGAGGACUGCGAGAAGAAAGAGGAGGACUGCGAGAAGAAAGCCAAGCACAGCAUCGACGGCAUUUUGGGAGACAAAGGCAGUAGGCUGGACGAGGGGUCCGACGUUGAAUCAGAACCAGACCUUCCCCUGAAACGCAAACAGCGCCGGAGCCGGACGACGUUCACAGCUGAGCAACUGGAAGAGCUAGAAAAGGCGUUCGAGAGGACCCACUAUCCGGAUAUCUACACCCGGGAAGAGCUGGCUCAGAGGACGAAGCUGACAGAGGCACGGGUCCAGGUGUGGUUCAGCAACCGAAGGGCCCGUUGGCGUAAGCAGGCCGGGGCCAACCAGCUGGCCGCUUUCAACCACCUCCUGCCAGGCGGCUUCCCCCCGACCGGAAUGCCAACGUUGCCUCCCUACCAGCUGCCCGAUUCGACGUAUCCGACCACAACCCUUUCCCAAGACGGGGGCAGCACCGUGCACCGGCCCCAACCUCUCCCGCCAUCCACCAUGCACCAGGGGGGGCUGUCAGCCACCACCGCCGAUUCCGGCCCUGCCUACGGAGCCCGGCACGGUUUCUCCAGCUAUUCCGACAGCUUCAUGAACCCCACGGCUCCAGCAAAUCAUAUGAACCCCGUCAGUAACGGCCUCUCUCCCCAGGUGAUGAGCAUCCUGGGCAGCCCCGGCGGCGUCCCCGCGCAGUCCCAGGCCGACUUCGCCCUCUCCCCGCUGCACGGCGGGCUGGACUCGGCCGGCGCCCUCCCGGCCAGCUGCAGCCAGCGCGGCGACUCGCUCAAGGCCGCGGACGGCCUGCCCACCUCCCAGGGCUACUGCCCGCCCACCUACACCAGCCCGGGCUACAGCGUGGACCCCGUGGCCGGCUACCAGUACGGCCAGUACGGCCAGACUGCCGUUGACUAUCUGACUAAGAACGUGAGCUUGUCCGCACAGCGCCGGAUGAAACUCGGGGAACAUUCAGCCGUGCUGGGGCUCCUACCCGUUGAAACCGGCCAGGCCUACUGAAGGGUCCUCCCUCGCCAACUGUCUGCCACCCAGGAGGCCAAAGGAGGACAAAACCCGCUUCUGCCACCCACCUUUCUGGGACCAGCCUCUGCUCACUGCCCUUCCCUUCUGAGACUCACAGCGCCAGACCUCCCCCCUCUUCCCUCCAUCGGAGGGGCAAAUUAACCCACCCAAAUCCUUGCUCUGUGUUCCCAUGAAGACACCCUCGCUAAGGACAGUGUCUGUAACUCCAGAGACACUGAGUUUGUAAAAUGACUUUUCCAUCCUUCAAGAGCCCCGUGGCCAACGUGGUGCCCAACCAACGCUCACAGACGUUUCCAUUGUUGCGACCGCUCGGCUGAGUCCCCGUGCGAUCUCUCCCCUUCGUAAUUAUAUAGCUAGCUAGAUCGAUAUAUUCCUUUUGCCCGCCCACGCACCCCACCAUCCCCAUCCAUUUUAUUAUUGUACGUGAUCAACAUUACAUGGAGGAACACCGCCGAUCAAUACAUGUAGAUCCAAGGACCAAAUGGGGCCGGUUUGGACCAAAAACACACAGUACAGUACCAAGAAGUGAGACUGAAAAAAGUUAUGGCAGUUGAUCCUGAUCAGAAGAGGAGAGAGAUUUGCUAUUUCCUGUAAAUAUUUUUGUUCUCCACUUCAGGGGAAGCCAGGUUAGGUGCGGUUGAGGUCCUGAAGAUUCAGAAAGCCCUGGGUUCAGUCUUGCCUGCUGAACGGUUGAAUCAUCUAGACCAAGGGCUGUGUCUCAGCUCCACAAAAGAGUUUGUAGUGACCAGCUCCACUUCCUCCGCCUUAAACACUGGCUCCCAGUAAGUCAGCUUGGAGGGGCGCCUAUCUACCAGGAGAUAAUGGAGGGUGGGGGGAUUAGGAGGUGGAAGGAAAGGAAGACAUUUUGCAUUCACAUCUCCCCGUGACAUUAGUUGUUAGCAACCCAGCGGAAUGUGGCUUGUCUCUCAGGGCAGCCUGGGUGUGGAAAACCCCAGCAAAGUGGAAUUGUUUCCAGCCAUUUGCCCAUCCAGAGGUGGGCCAGGUCCCUUCCUGCUCUUGGGGCGCACUGCUGCAAGGCCACGAACUCCGGCGCGGAAGGACUGCCUGGAGCAAGAGCCCCAGCUUUAGACGAUCCCCCGGCAGGGAGCCACGGGUGCUAGGGGGCAUCCACGCGGUCGUCCUGGGGUAGCCCUCAGUCUUCUCCGAGCCCCUCUUUGCUCCCACCCACUUUCAGUGUAGCUGCAUUUUCUAACCAUGUUCUCUCCCCUUCUUUCAAAGCUAUAAUUAUUUAUUGUGUCCUGAAAUCGGAGAUGGUGAAGGCUGCUUUAGGCAAGGGUGCAGAGAAUGGUAAAAAGGACACACACACACAAACCUGGAAAACAUCUUUUCAACUGAGCAUCCCACCUCCUCCUGGAUACAGAGCCGUUCCUGGUUGGGUGCCUGUUGAGAAAUCAGUAACUUGGUUACUUGAUAACUUGGUAACUUACAUUUCCAGUGUGUAUUGCUCCAUCCUAUCCAAAUGGUUUGUUUCAAGAUUUUAGGGAUCCAGGACAAUCUUUUCAGAGAGGCAAAUAGUAUCUAGUUGAUUACUGCUUCAAAGAUGGCACCGUGGCUGCCUGAUCCAGCUCCCCUGUGCCCAAUGGGCACAGCUGGGCCUUGAGACUGGCCAGCGCUCACUCUGCAUUCCCUUGGCUGUUUUUCUGGAUACCAAAUGGACUCCAUGCCCCUGGGGGUGUGAAAUAUCCCAGCAAUCUCCCUGGUAGGGCUAGAUGUUUGCAGUGUGGGUGCUGGCUGGCAAGGGUGUGAAGGUGCAAAGGAAAAAAGUUAAUCAUGGCUAUAACUAACCAACUUAGUUUACCAAUCCUAAGGCAAUUAGGCUAGCCCACGCCAUACUAGUCACACUUGCCAUUUCUCUCUGCUUAAAGUGCACAAGCAUUUAAGUCACCGGUGUACAUAAAUUUGCGGCUUUGAGGGCAAUAAAAACGGAAGAGGAGCGUGGCUGAUCUAUCCAAAUUUUAUCCUUGGAUUGCCCCCGUUGAAGCUGCACCAGGAACAAGCUUCCGUUCUCACGUUGAUUUCAUUAACCCUCAGAGGACUCUGCUAGUUUUAAAAAAAUAACACACACCUGUAUAAAUAGAACUAUAUAGAAAUAUACAUAUGUUAUAUAAAUGGCUUUAGAGGCAGAAACAUAAAAGCUUUUUUCAUAUUUGCUCGCAGAACACUUUCCAGGAACGCUGCUUCGAUUUUUACUAAAGGCGGGUAGACGGUUAGCAGCUUCUGCUUUUGAAACGAAAGAUGCAUUUUGAACCCAUUAGUGAAAAGGAAAAGAAAGGAGGGGGAAUAGCUUGCUUUGAACAGAAUUCCUCUUCUUUUGCAUACCUCAGUCAGGUUUGGGCACUUAAAGCUAGAGCUGGCUUGCUGGCUGUGUCCACGCGUGGCCUUAGCUUGGUCUGGGUUUUCCCACUGUGGGCCAUAAAUCAACCAAGGGUUUCUGCACCCCAUGCAGCCAUUAGGAAAACCAGCCAGAGGAACAGCAGGCUUGGCAUAGGGCACUACUGGAUCUUCCCUGCUUAUAUUCUGAAUAUAAGCAGUCCCAGAAUAUAAGGCUUAUAUUCUGGGGCUUCGUGCUGUGGAGGAGAAAACCCCACCACCACUUUGCAUUUUUAAGGAGAAGUCUGUCUUCUGCCUUUUCCCUAGCCUCUUAUAAGAUCCUGUGGCUUCAUGGUUUUGACACAGAUCUGACAAUACCCAUGAUGCUCGUGAGCAAAAUUAUACAAAUGGAGAUUAUCCAUCAGGUUUCCUCACCAGCUUGGGCAAGAGGGACCACAGAUGCUGCGACAACGCAGUCCUGUUGCAUUUCUGCCACUUGAUCUUCUACCUUCUGUACUUAAAAGGAACAGACACCAAAAUCUUAGAUUAUUCAACAAACUUCCCUACCGUAAGGACACAGUGGAAGAUACUUCUCUCCAAUCAAAAAAUGUUCUUAAGAACCAGUGCAAUUAUGGCAAUGCAAUCCAGGUUUGUUGAUCAUUCCAGGAACUCAGCUUGUGUCCCUCCCCCCACAGAAAAAACCUGGUCCAAAAUACAUGUGCACCUCAAGCUCCCCCCCCCCUUCCUAUUUCUUUUCAAGGGGGAGAAAUGCCCCACCAGGAACACUUUGAAAGGAGAAACUUGGAACUGUUUCAUGGCCUCUCAUCACCUCCUCUCCCAAAUUAUCAUUCCAAGAACUAAUUUUUAUUUUUCCUAUGUCCCCGUGGUCCCCAAAUCCUGGGGGUGGAGACGUAUUGCUGAGGACAUUUUGUGUAUUUAAUGUUUCUAAUUUUCCAGCCCUAACAACUUCAUAUACCCAAACUUGGAGGAUCUAUUACCUGUAGCACAUGCCUUUAUAAGUAGUAAUUGCUGAUUCGUUGCUUCUGUGUUCAAGUCAUAGCUAAUUUUGCUCCAUGUGUGUGCAUGUGGCAGGGCAAGAGUGUGAGAAAGGACCGGUAUGUGUGUGUACGUGUGUAAGCAUGAGUAUAAUCGCCCCAUAAUUUAUUCAGCUAUAUGGAAUAGUAGAGUAGAGAAACAAAACUGGUAUUGCUUUAACUCUCGGCUGCCUGUGGUGUCCCUCUUUGUAACUCAGGCGUAACUGUAAUACAUUAAAAAAAAUGAAAAAAAUGAAAUGUGGCUUGGAAA